UAGGUAGCAGCAGAUCAUUAUCGGAAAAAUCCACCGUUAUAGGGUACUACUAUGAAAAAGUAAAACAGCAAAGACAAACACAGCAAGGUUGUUUGUUUUGUCCAAUGUACUUGCUUUCGUAUGUCGUUGUGUUUUGUUUCCAAAAUAGAAAAUCACUACAGAUUGUCCUAGGCCGUUCUUUCUCCUUAAGCCCCCCACAAAUCGUCAACAGUGUCCGUAAACCUGUGAUCGAAGGGCCCUGUUUAAAGUUUGUUCCAACUCUGGAACCUUUCUUUGCCAAGAUCAGAAGAUCUGGUCUCACCCUCUCUCUCUUUUAUUCCUCUGCUUCAUUUAUACAGAUAAACCCUGUGUUCAUUAUCUCAUAAUAGCUUAGUUUUUUCACGGGGAGAUAGAGGAAGUUCCCAGAACUCUAGCUCAUUUGGGAAUCUCAAGCAGAGAAUGCACUUAUAAAAAAUGGGGAGGAAAGGGAGUUGGUUUUCUGCAGUGAAGAAAGCCUUCAACCCUGAGUCCAAGGAAAAGAAAGAUCAGAAAUCUAAGUCCAAGAAAAGAUGGUUUGGGAAGAACAAGAAUGUGGAUGGAAAGCAUGAGGAAAAUGUAGACCAUUUACAAAAUGCAGAUCAUGUGGGAAAUGAUCUUUGGAUUUCUUACAAGGAAGAAUCUGCACUGGUGGUUCCCACUUCCAUUGCGCCACCUCCUCCUCCACCAGCUCCUUCUGCUCUUUCUACAAUUUCAGAGAAGUUAGAGGAGGGUCACGAUACACAGAGAAACUCUCUUGCUCUGACUGAAUAUGUCGGAUUAGUGGAGGCGGAGGAUGCUCAGAGCAAGCGUGUUUACUCUGUGGCCCUUGCCACAGCAAUGGCUGCAGAGGCGGCCGUUGCUGCUGCUAAGGCUGCUGCAGAGGUUGUUCGUCUCACUGGGCUGACUCAUUUCCCCGGGAAAUCUUUAGAGGAGGUAGCAGCCAUCAAGAUUCAGACAGCAUUCCGAGGGCACUUGGCAAGGAGGGCAUUAAGGGCUUUGAGAGGGUUGGUAAGGUUGAAAUCAUUGGUAGAGGGUCAAUCCGUUAAACGCCAAGCGACUACCACAUUAAAAUGCAUGCAGACUGUUGCUCGUGUACAAUCUGAGAUUCGUGCAAGGAGGAUUAGAAUGUCUGAGGAGAAUCAGGCACUUCAGCGACAGAUCCAACAGAAGCAAGAGAAAGAAUUGAAAGAUAUGGAGAAACAAAGAGUUGCUUCUAUUGAAGAUAAAUGGAACCACAGUCCCCAAUCUAAAGAGGAGGUUGAGGCAAAGCUACAGAGCAGACAAGAGGCUGCUAAGAGAAGAGAAAGGGCCUUGGCUUAUUCAUUCUCUCAUCAGAGAAUGUGGAAGAAUUCAUCAAAAUCUCAACAUCCUACAUUCAUGGACCCCAGCAAUCCCCACUGGGGUUGGAGUUGGCUGGAGAGAUGGAUGGCUGCAAGACCGUGGGAGAGCCAAAGCACAUCAGACUUCAACGACCGGGCCUCCUUGAGGAGUGCAGCAAGCCAUGCAUCAAUGUCAGUUGCGGAAAUCACCAAAGCUUAUGCUCUUCGUGAUGUCCACUGCGAUAGCAAGCCUCCUUCCACAACUGGCCAAAAAUUAAGCCAGCCUCCUGGUCGCCAAUCCCCGUUAGCUCUUACCAAGACUCAAUCUUCAUCAUGGAGAACCCCAAAAAAGAGUAGCUGGGGCGGCGACGAGGACUCUAAAAGCACUUGCAGUGUGCAGUCUGAGCGAUUUAACAGGAGGCACAGCAUUGCAGGGUCCUCAAUAAGAGAUGAUGACAGUCUUUCAAGCACACCUGCAUUUCCUUCUUCAAAAAAAUCUUCAACACCUGCAAGAUCAACAAAGACAAGGUCACGGCUGGCAAGCCCAAGCUCAUCAGGGUUAGAAAAUAACAAGACGCCGACACCAGAUAAGGGAUCAUCACCUUCAGUGAGUUCUGUGAAGAAGCGGCUGUCUUACCCUGCUUCCCCUACUGGACAAAGAAGGCACUCGGGUCCUCCAAAGGUUGCAGCUCACACAGAGAAGAAAGUUAGCCCAGGUUGGGGAAGAAGGUAGUGAUCAGUCCAACAAGUACUGUGCAUAUAAAUAAUAACAAGCAUGUACUCUAUAGGAGUUGUUGAGGUGUGGAAGAUUUAACAACAAGAUGCGGAGAUGAGCUUUGUUAGAGUGGUGUUGGAGAAAGACUGGAAGUGAAAGUAGUUUACGUCCUGAUCAGUUGUCUUCAUCAUCAAUGUCAACAUUUUUUUUUCUUUUCAGUCACCUCUUCUUGUUGUAGGCUUGUUAUCACGAUGUAGAAUGGGUCUGGGGGUGAUGUCAGUUCGAGGUAGUGAAAAUGCGAGUUAUUUAGUUGUGUGCAUAUUGUUGUGGUUCUGUGGAAUCCUCAUUAUGUUCUGUGGCUCUGUGGAUUGAUGUUCCUUUGCUUACAGGGGUCUAUUUGUAAGGUAGUUUUUCCGAUUGUACAAAGAAGUGAAGAACUCAAUGGUGUAUCUUGAACUGUUUGUAUUUGGC